UGGACUGGGCCCUGAUCUGGAGGAGUUUACACAAGUCCUCUGGCCAGCCUGGGGCCCUAAGAUGACUUCAGACGUAGCCAGCAGCCCCCGUCCGGCCCCUGAUGAGAAUGAGUACCCCUUUGGGUGCCCUCCCACCGUCUAUCAGGACCCAUCAGAGCCCAGGGCUCUCUGCUGCACAACCUGUCUCUCAGAGAAUAUGAGAAAUAGUGCGGAUAGGACCUGCCCCAAAUGCAGAGAGGAGGACGCCCAUUCUGUAAGCCCAGGAAACCUUCUGUCUCAGGAGAAGGACCCCCCCGAUGGAACUGAGGCUCAAGCUGGGUGCCCCUUUGCAGGUGUUGGCUGUUCCUUCAAGGGAAGCCCACAGUCUGUGCAGGAGCACGAGGCCACUUCCCAGGCCUCCCACCUAAACCUGCUGUUGGUCUUGAUGAAACAGUGGAAGGCCCAGCUGGACUCUAGCCAAAGAUCUGGACCCAUGGCCCUGGAGCGGAACCUGUCAGACCUACAGCUGCAGGCGGCUGUGGAGGUGGCCGGGGACCUGGAGGUGGACUGUUACCGGGCACCCUGCUCCGAGGGCCAGGAGGAGCUGGCCCUACAGCACUUCAUGAAGGAGAAGCUCCUAGCUGAGCUGGAAGAGAAGCUGCGCGUGUUUGAGAACAUCGUCGCCGUCCUCAAUAAGGAGGUGGAGGGCUCCCAGUUGGCCUUGGCUGCCUCCAUCCAUCAGAGCCAGCUGGACUGCGAGCGCAUCCUGAGCUUGGAGCAGAGGGUGGUGGAGUUGCAGCAGACCCUGGCCCAGAAAGACCAGGCCCUGAGCAAGCUGGAGCAGUGUCUCAACCUCAUGGAGGAAGCCUCCUUCGAUGGCACCUUCCUGUGGAAGAUCACCAAUGUCACCCGGCGGUGUCAUGAGUCAGCCUGUGGCAGAACCAUCAGCCUCUUCUCCCCAGCUUUCUACACUGCCAAGUAUGGUUACAAGUUGUGCCUUCGGCUUUACCUGAAUGGGGACGGGACAGGAAAGAGGACCCACCUAUCUCUCUUCAUCGUCAUCAUGAGGGGGGAAUAUGAUGCCCUAUUGUCCUGGCCUUUCCGAAACAAGGUCACCUUCAUGCUACUUGACCAGAACAACCGUGAGCAUGCCAUCGACGCCUUUCGGCCUGACCUGACCUCAGCAUCCUUCCAACGGCCCCAGAGUGAAACCAAUGUGGCCAGUGGCUGCCCACUCUUCUUCCCUCUCAGCAGACUACAGUCCCCCAAGCACGCCUAUGUGAAGGAUGACACCAUGUUCCUUAAGUGCAUUGUGGAGACCAGUGCUUAG